UCCCUGUUGGACGUGAUGUGUGGUUAGCUCGUUUAGCAAACGUUACAUAUUUGUGUUGUCUUUUCUGUAGCAAUCCCACGAAAGAUCCAUUUGUGAAAACCAUCCUGAACUAUUUGGGUCUCCGCUUUUAGAUCUACCCAGCCUACCAUGUCAGAGCCGGGUUCUGGCUGUGGUGUUCCAGCCCAGAGAAGCUCACAGCGGGCUCCAGAGGUGAUGACAGUGAAGCUGGAAGACUGCAGUCAAACUCUGGAACUCAAUGUGAUUGUGAAAGAGGAGGAGGAGGAGGAGAGAGAAAUCAAGGAGGAAGAAAACAGUGACUCUGGAAAGAGCUCCAACCCAGGCUCAGACAGCAAGCCCAGUCCCACAGCAUCAGGAAAUCAUAAACAAUGCAGACAGAAGCACCAACCCUGCUGUAGCAACAGUUUUAUUUGUCCAACUCACCUCAAAUCACUCAAACAGACUCCCAAAAUAAAGAAGACAUACCUCUGCUCCCAAUGUGGGAAGAGUUUCAGUCGGACAGGAGACCUAAAGAGUCAUCAGAGAUCACACAGUAAAGAAAAGCCUUACCACUGCGCUCAGUGUGGGGAGGGAUUCACUCAACUUGGAAGUCUAAAAAGUCAUCAGAGAAUACAUACAGGGGAGAAGCCUUACCACUGCUCCCAGUGUGGGAAGAGCUUUAAUCGUUCAGGAAACCUUACAGAACAUCAAAGAAUACAUACAGGGGAAAAGCCUCACCACUGUACCCAAUGUGGGAAGUGUUUCAGUCGGGCAGGAAUUCUAAAGACUCAUAAGAGAACUCACACAGGAGAGAAACCUUUCCACUGCUCUGCUUGUGGGAAGAGUUUUACAAGAGAAGUAAGCCUAAAGAAUCAUCAAAGAGUACACACUGGAGAGAAACCUUUCCACUGCUCCACAUGUGGGAGGGGUUUCAGUGAGAAAGUAAAUCUUAAUAGACACGAGCGAGUACAUAGUGAAGAGAAGCCUUACCACUGCACCACAUGUGGGAAGAGCUUUAAUCAUUCAGGAAGCCUUAAGGAACACCAGAGAAUACAUACAGGGGAGAAACCUUACCACUGCACUGAGUGUGGAAAGAAAUUCCGUUUUGCAGGAGAUCUAAAGAAUCACCAGAGAUCACACAGUAGGGAGAAGCCUUACCACUGCUCUCUUUGUGGGAAGAGUUUCAAUCAACCCGGAAACCUAAAGAGUCAUCAGCGAAUACACAUAGAAGAGAAGCCUACCUGUACUGUCAAUGUGAUUAUCAAAGAGGAGGAGGGUGAGAGGGAAAUCAAUGAUAAGGUAAAGAGAGAAGUUGAGGAAAGUAAUGGUGUAGUUGACUCAGGUACAUCAAGACUACCUGGUCGUUGUCGUUACCCCUGCCCUCAAUGUGGGAAGAAUUUUAGUUCCUCAAGUAAUCUAAAGAAUCAUCAAAGAGUACACACUGGAGAGAAACCUUUCCACUGCUCAGCAUGUGGGAAGCGUUUCCGUGAGAAAGCACACCUUAAGAGACAUGAGAGGGUACAUAGUGGAGAGAAGCCUUACAACUGCUUCGAAUGUGGGAAGAAUUUCCGUGUGGAAGAUACUCUACAGAAACACCAGAGAAUCCACACAGGAGAGAAGCCUCACCACUGCUCUCUUUGUGGGAAGAGCUUUAAUCAUUCAGGAAGCCUUAAAGAACAUCAAAGAAUACAUAGUGGAGAGAAGCCUUACCACUGCUCUCUUUGUGGGAAGAGCUUCUAUCAUUCAGGAACCUUUAAGAAACAUCAGCAAAGACACAUUGGAGUGAAACCUACCUGUAAUCUCAAUGUGAUUGUCAAAGAGAAAGAUGGUGACUGUACUCUCAAUGUGAUUGUCAAAGAGGAGGAUGGUGACUGUAAUCUCAAUGUGAUUGUCAAAAAGGAGGAUGGGGACUGUACUCCCAAUUUGAUUGUCAAAGAGGAGGAUGGUGACUGUAAUCUCAAUGUGAUUGUCAAAGAGGAGGAUGAUGACCCAGAUACAUCAAGACUACCUGAUUGUGGUCGUUACCCCUGUCCUCAAUGUGGAAAGAAUUUUAGUUCCUCGAGUAAUCUAAAGAAUCAUCAAAGAGUACACACUGGAGAGAAACCUUUCCACUGCUCUGCAUGUGGGAAGAGUUUCAGUGAGAAAGCAAACCUUAAGAGACAUGAGAGGGUACAUGAGAAGGAAAAGAGAGAAGUUGAGGAAGAGGAGAAAACUGGUGGUGUAGUUGACCAAGAUACAUCAAGACUACCUCGUCGUGGGAGUUACCCCUGUCCUCAAUGUGGGAAGAGUUUCAGUUCCUUAGGUAAUCUAAAUAAUCAUCAAAAAGUACACACGGGAGAGAAGCCUUACCACUGCACCCAAUGUGUUAAGAGCUUCAGUGAGAAAGCAAACCUUAAGAGACAUGAGAUAGUACACAGUGGGGAGAAGCCUUACCACUGCACCCAAUGUGGGAAGAAUUUCCGUGUGGCAGAUACCCUACAGAAACACCAGAGAAUCCACACAGGAGAGAAGCCUAACCACUGCUAUUUUUGUGGGAAGAGCUUUGAUAAUUUAGGCAGCCUUAAGGAACAUAAAAAAAUACAUAAUGGAGAGAAGCCUUACCACUGCACUCAAUGUGGGAAGAGCUUCAAUUACUCAGGAAAUUUUAAGAAACAUCAAAGAAUACAUAUUGGAGAGAAUCCUACCUUUACUCUCAAUGUGAUUGUCAAAGAGGAGGAGGAAGAUGGAAAAGAGAGAGAAGUUGAGGUCAAAGAGGGAGAAGUUGAGGUCGAGGAGAGAGAAGUGAAGGAAGAGGCUACAUAAGCUAACUAGGAAAGGAGAGUUAUACCUCCUAUCCUUGCAAUGCUGUCUUCUGUGUCAAUAUGGGAUUGGGCAGCACCAUUGAGGGCGAUCUCCAUUUUAAAAUAGUCCAUAUCUUCUACUUCUAUGAGUGUAUUGGAAGGUAGCAAAUAAACUGAAAAGGUACAUACCACCACCUAUUUUGGUGGAGUGUGUAUAAUCUGAACAGGAUACCACCUAAUGUGCUGCAGUGUGUACAGUCUGAACAGGUACAAAGCCAAGGUUGGUGAUUUACUGCUACUUGCAGUUAUGGAAUGUUAGCUCAGGACUAUAAUUCAUUGGUUAACUCCUUCUGCUGACCUGGAUGGAAUUAUACCUUCCUUCCUUAACCCACAGGAAGUCCCACCAUUUUGACUACUUCAAAAUGGUGAAAGUCCUCAAUGGUGCUGCUCAUUAGACAAUACAGUGGAAAAGCCUCACCGUUGCUCUCGUUAUAGAACAUCUCUUAUUCACUAAAGCAUGUGAUAUAUAUAUAUGUAUAGAAACUGCGUUCCAGGACACAGAUCCAUGCUCGGAGUUCAUUUGACCGUGGGUUGUCGACAAUGCAGCUUUUAAAGGCAAUUUCCGACUGUGCGAACAUAUGCAGCAUUUACCGUGAAUAAGAUGUACGCGAUAGUGGGAACAUUGCCUUUAAAAGUCGGAUUGAAUCCCAGCUUCUGUCUAGUCAUGGUAAAACGUUACAUCUUUCUUCCAUUUAUUUUCUUCCAUUUAGCAGAAGCUUUUAUCCAAAGUGAUUUAUUCUGGAUGCAUAGCACAAACAACACUAUCUAACACAUUAAAGGACCAAUCCCAAGUUGAACCAAUAACAAAGCGAGGCACCCUUUGGUAUAAAGCUUAGGGAUGGGCCUGGAGAAGUGUAACCACUUUCACAUUCAUAGACAGAGCUAUGGACUGACCAUUCAUGAUCUCAUAAUGAUCUGCUAUGGACUGACCAUUCAUGAUAUCAUAAUGAUCUGCUAUGGCAUGACCAUUCAUGAUGUCAUAAUGAUCUGCUAUGGACUGACCAUUCAUGAUAUCAUAAUGAUCUGCUAUGGACUGACCAUUCAUGAUGUCAAAAUGAUCUGCUAUGAUGUCAUAAUGAUCUGCUAUGUACUGACCAUUCAUGAUGUCAAAAUGAUCUGCUAUGGACUGACCAUUCAUGAUAUCAUAAUGAUCAUUUUAACCAUGUUUUGGGCUAUACAGGGUUUGUUUACAUUUACAAUGUUUCCAAACAUUGGAGGAAAACAAGCUUAUAUUUUGGGGUUCUAAUGGAGUGUGACAGUUGAAAUAAUCUCAUGAGGGAUUAUAAAUGAUACGUUUAAGAAUCAAUAGGGAUAUACAGUAUCAUUAAUUUAUAAGUCUAAAAAUGUAUGUUACAACUGCAGAUCGCCCCUUUAAACACUACAGUAUCAUAACAACAGUUCACAGUAACAGAGGUCAGAUAGGCCUACAGUUUACGUUGUUAAACAACGUCUCUGCUUUACUUUUUAAACUGAUGAGUGAGAUGUGUAAAGGCACAUUUGGAUCACUAUUACACGUUGUACAAGGUCAUUGAUAAACUUCUCAAAUACAAUCUGCCCCGCCGCCUUCCUGUUUAAACGAGUAGUACAGCAUCAAUAGAGUAAUGCCCUGUGGGCUAUCCUAUUGAAUACAAAAUAUGUCCAUAGAAUCAUCCCACUGGGCACAGACGUCAGUUCAACGUCUAGUUUUAAUUCAUAUUUGGUUGUGAAUUCAACAAAACAUUUCACCAUGUCAUUGGAUUUAGGUCAAAAGUUUAGUGGGAAAAAAAUAAAAAAAUUCCCUUUUUAAAAAUCCGAUCAGUUUUCCACGUUGACUCAACGUCAUCGCAUUGACGUUUUUGGUUGAAAUGACGUGGAAACAACAUUGAUUCAACCAGUUUUUGCACACUGGGUUUAUGACAGAAUUCAGACAUUCUUUUUUAAACUCAGGAGAAGGGCUGGUUUGGAUUGACAUCAGAAGUAAACAAUAUGAGUGUAUUGUUAUGUCAUAAUCUGGAUGUAACCUGUGUGUAAAAUAUUGCCAAGUAUCCUUGAAUUAUAAAUGCAAACAGAA